UCUCUUCCUUCCUUUUUCCCCUCUUGAUACAUCCGCGUCCUUCCUUCCUCCCCUUUCUCCCUCCCCCCCCCCUCUGCUCCUCACCCAUCCCGCCUUCGCUUUCGCGACUGGCGUCUCAUUCUACUUACACCGUCCCCCGAGCCUCACCCACCUCGCCAUUGUGCUUGUGUGUGUGUAGCCGCACGAGCUUGCGCUUGUCGACGCUGGCCCGUCGAGCCACGAGUCCCCAAUUCUCUCCUUCUUGACCUCGGGUCGUGGCCCGUCGCAAUUCCGAUUUUGCGUCUUCGUGAGCUCGGCAAUCGCGCUGCGACAACCGCCAACAUGGCGACCACGGACGAGGAGAAACAGUCUAAGAUCCCCGGAUCCCCCGAGGUGGGCGACCUCGUCUCCACCCAUUUAGAUGACAAUGCCGAUGGCCUUCACCGACGUCUCAACAACCGCCAAAUCCAGCUCAUUGCCAUUGGCGGCUCCAUUGGCACCGCACUCUUCGUCAGUAUCGGCAAUGGUCUCGCCCUGGGUGGCCCGGGCAGCCUGCUCCUGGCCUACACCAUCUACCCCCUGGUCCUUGCAUGUGUCAACAACUCGGUCGCUGAAAUGACGACACUUAUGCCCGUGUCCGGUGGAUUCAUCCGCCUGGCUGGCCACUGGGUCGACGACGCCUUCGGCUUCAUGGCUGGGUGGAACUUCUUCCUCUACGAGGCAUUGCUCAUCCCUUUUGAGAUUACGGCCCUCAACCUCGUCCUCUCGUACUGGGAGCCCAAGAUGAAAGAGCCCGGCCCAACCGCUGGUAUUUGCGCCGGAGUCAUCAUUGCCUAUGCGUAAGACCUUGUGCUGUCAAGUUGAGGUGUGAGGAGAGGGAAUCGGCGUCGCCCGCACCCCUAGCCUGGCGGGUCGCCCUCCUAAUCCCCCCUCAGCCCCCCCUCCCCCUCGCCAAAGACAAGAUUGCAUGCUAAACAUGAAUCACCGAACUUGUAGUGCAAUCAAUAUCCUCGCUGUACGUGGCUACGGUGAGGCUGAAUUUUGGCUCUCGGGCGGCAAGGUCAUUCUGAUCUUCAUGCUCUUCUUCUUCACCUUUGUCACUAUGCUGGGCGGCAACCCCGCCAACGACCGAUAUGGCUUCCGUUACUGGAGAGAUCCCGGUGCCUUUGCCGAAUACCACACUAAGAAUUCGCUCGGUCAAUUUGAGGGUUUCCUCGGCGCGCUCUGGAACGCUGCCUUCGCCGUGGUCGGGCCCGAGUACAUCUCCAUGGUGGCUGCCGAAGCCAAGCGACCCCGAAUCUACAUCAAGGCCGCCUUCAAGACGAUUUACUGGCGGUUUGGCAUCUUCUUCUUCGGCAGCGCCCUUUGCGUCGGUAUUGUUGUCCCGUACAACAACCGGAUUCUCAAGGAUAUCUUGGACGGCAAUGCGUCGGCCGACAACGCCGCUGCUUCCCCUUAUGUCAUUGCCAUGCAGAACCUGGGCAUCUCGGUGCUGCCCGACAUCGUCAACGCUCUGAUGUUCACGUCCAUUUUCUCGGCCGGCAACACGUACACGUACUGUGCGACGCGGUCGCUCUACGGCCUCGCCCUGGAAGGUCGUGCGCCGCCUAUCCUGCGCAAGUGCUGGAGCAAUGGUGUACCCAUCUAUUGCUUCCUUGUCGUCAUGUGCUUCCCGUUCCUGUCAUUCUUGCAGGUCGGCAACGGUUCCGCCAAGGUUCUCGACUGGCUGGUCAGCCUCAUCACGGCGGGUGGCAUCAUUGACUACCUCGUCAUGUCGGUGACGUUUAUCUUUUACUACCGCGCCUGCCAGGCACAGGGUGUCGACCGCAAGUCGUUGCCUUACUACGGAUGGGGCCAGCCCUACUGCGCCUAUAUUGCGCUCUUUAUCCAGACCCUGGUGGUCAUUUUCUAUGGAUACGGAGCCUUCACGCCGUGGAGCGUCGACGGCUUCUUCCGCCACUACACGAUGCAGAUUCUCGCUCCGGUUCUGUUCUUCGGGUGGAAGCUUCUCAAGAGGACCAAGUUUGUCAAGCCUCUGGAGGCAGACCUGGUGUGGGAAAGGCCGACGAUCGACCGGUACGAGGCUACGUUCACGCAGAAGCCGUCUGGCUUCUGGGAGGAAAUGCUCCGACUUGUGGGCAUUGGGCGCAAGAAGAGAGACCCGGACGAGCAGGUGAUGUAAGGUCUGGCGCAUAUGGCGCAGAGCGCGGGACGUACAUGUCUUGCCGCUCUGCCGCCUCACAGUCGGUGCGGCCGUGUUUGUAAAUUGGUGCGCCGCUGUGAUUUGGGUACAGUGACAUUACGUACAUGGAUGGGACCGUGGCUUCUAGAUCUGGGACAAUGUGCCUAGGCGAUGUUUUAUACCCCAAGUGGCAUGAGAAUAUGAACUUGAAGAUUUCUAAGAUGAAUUUCCUUGGAAACCGAG